GUGAAGAACAUGCACAAGUUGAAGAGGAAUGCGCUUGCAUUCUGUCAAGUUAAUUUGGAGAUUGCCCAGAAUAUUCGGGAGGAAGGCGAGAAGCUGUCUCAAGACAGUAUUUCUCUGGAUGAUAGUGAAGUAUUUAACCCAGAUUUUCUGAGUCAAAUUGACGACAUAUGCAAGCGUCAUUUGGAAGCGAAAGACAGUGCAAACAAAGUUGAUCCUACAAUUUCACUAUUGGUGAAGCGGCCUGUUGAAUUGGAGUUUGGAAGAAUUGAAAAUGUUCCUGAUUUGGAUUCUGGUGUUCAUGGAGUUGAUUUGAAAGAAGGAAAUGAUGAAAAAGAAGGAGAGGAGGAUGAGAAGAAGAUGAAUGCUGAUGAUGAUCAGCAUAAAGAAGAUGAUGAUGAUGAUGAUGAUGAUGGUGAUGAUAAGGAUCACCAGAAUCAUAAUGAGAGAAAGGAUGAUGAUGCUGAUGAUAAUGGUGAUCCUGGUCUUCAAGGAGAUGAAGACAAAGGAGUAGAUAAGGAUGCUGAUCUUCAUGUAGAUGAAGACAAAGGAGGAGAUAAUGGUGAUCCUGGUCUUCAAGGAGAUGAAGACAAAGUAGGAGAGGAAGGUAAUAUUCUAACUGAAAUAAUAUUUAUACUAGCUGAAUAUCAUAUAAAUACCAAAUGAAACUUUUUG